AUGACCAUGUUUCGCGCUUUCCUACUGUUGCUCUGUGCGCUCGCGGUUGCGCACCUGGCGGCCGCGGCGGAGUUCAAUCCCGCUCUCGCCACUCUCGCCGCAAGCCCCGACGACAGCCUCCUCGCCACGGGCAAAGCGCUCGCAGAUGACGCAAGCGAGGACGCGGAUGUGCUUAUAACGAACCGCGCUCUUGCAGAGGAGGGCGAAGCGUCGCGCCACAAUGGCGCUGUUCGCGUGCUGACGGAGGUCGACCUGCUCUCCCUGCUGGCGGAGGGGGACGCUUAUGCUGACGGGAAGAAGGGGAAAAAGAAUGGUGGCGCGGUAGCAGCACCCGGUGGGGCGGGGGCGGCACUUGGUGGGGCGGCACCUGAGGGGGCGGCACCUGAGGGAGCGGCACCUGGUGGUGCCGACGCUGGCGGGGAUUCAGGUGCGGCUGCGCGCAGCAUGGCGGAGGUCGACCUGCCCUCCCAGAUUGAGGAGGGAGAUGCUGAUGCUGAGGUAGCAGACAUUCACAGGAGCCUGAAGAAGAAGGGGAAGAAAUGCAAGAAGGGGAAGAAAUGCAGGAAGGGGAAGAAGGGGAAGAAGGGGAAAAAGAAUGGCGGCGCGGUAGCAGCACCUGGUGGGGCGGGGGCGGCACCUGGUGCUGAGACCCCUGCCGACGCUGGCGGAGAUUCAGGUGCACCGAGUGGGGGCGAGGAGGCAGGCCCUGAUGGCGCGGCUGCUCGCAGCAUGGCCGAGGUCGACCUGCCCUCCCCGCUGGCGGAGGGCGAUGCUGAUGCUGACGUGGCGGACACGCGAAGGAGCCUGAAGAAGGGGAAGAAGUGCAAGAAGGGGAAAAAGGGCAAGAAAUGCAAGAAGGGGAAAAAGAAUGCAAGCAAGGCAGCAGCACCUGGUGGGGCGGCACCUGGUGCUGAGACCCCUGCCGACACUGGUGCUGAUUCAGUUGGCUCGGAUGGCGCGCCUGGUCGCAGCAUGGCGGAGGUCAAACAGCUCCCCCCACUGGCGGAGGGAGAUGCUGAUGCUGAUGCUGCGGACACGCGGAGGAGCCUGAAGAAGGGGAAAGAGGGCAAGAAAUGCAAGAAGGGGAAGAAGGGGAAAAAGAAUGCAAGCAAGGCAGCAGCACCUGGUGGGACGGCACCUGGUGCUGAGACCCCUGCCAACGCUGGUGCUGAUUCAGUUGGCUCUGAUGGCGCGCCUGGUCGCAGCAUGGCGGAGGUCGACCAGCUCCCCCCGCUGGCGGAGGGAGAUGCUGAUGCUGAUGCUGCGGACACGCGGAGGAGCCUGAAGAAGGGGAAGAAGUGCAAGAAGGGGAAAAAGGGCAAGAAAUGCAAGAAGGGGAAGAAGGGGAAAAAGAGUGCAAGCAAGGAAGCAGCACCUAGUGGGAUGGCACCUGGUGCUGAGACCCCUGCCGACGCUGGUGCUGAUUCAGUUGGCUCUGAUGGCGCGCCUAGUCGCAGCAUGGCGGAGGUCGACCAGCUUCCGCCACUGGCGGAGGGAGAUGCUGAUGCUGAUGGUGCAGACACGCGGAGGAGCCUGAAGAAGGGGAAGAAGUGCAAGAAGGGGAAAAAGGGCAAGAAAUGCAAGAAGGGGAAGAAGGGGAAAAAGAAUGCAAGCAAGGCAGCAGCACCUGGUGGGGCGGGACCUGGUGCUGAGACCCCUGCCGCUGGCGCUGAUUAA